GGAUGUGCAAUGGUUUCACAUCUACCUCAGCUAAACCACUGGCUGUGACUGCAGCUUUCUCCAUCACCAUCACCUCCAUUAACUUGGACGGUUGGUAAACCGUUCACCGGAGUUUCAUCUGUACUGAUUGUAUGCAGCAUGCAAUACGUUUCGGAUUAACACGCUCUUUAGAUUCGUUGUGCUCGAGCAGAGAGUGUUACACCGACGUGACGGUGAUAUCAUUACGUUGCACCAGUCAGAGUGAUUUGCUAUGGUGAUACUACAAGCUAACUCGGUGGUAGCUAAGGGACUGUUUCGAGAGGCACCUUUAGAAAAACUCACGCUGGCAUAUGUUUCUUUGACUUUCGGAGGAUUUUUUUGAUUCAAGGUGGAGCACAGAGGGGAAUGUCUAACCAAGGAGUAAGGAGAAAUGGCCCAGUAAAGCUGCGGUUGACAGUCCUGUGUGCAAAGAACCUGGCAAAAAAAGACUUCUUCAGAUUACCAGAUCCCUUUGCCAAAGUGGUCGUAGAUGGUUCAGGACAGUGCCACUCGACAGACACUGUGAAAAACACCCUUGACCCCAAGUGGAAUCAGCAUUAUGAUCUAUAUAUUGGAAAAGCAGACUCCAUCACCAUCAGUGUGUGGAACCACAAGAAGAUCCACAAGAAACAAGGUGCUGGUUUUCUGGGCUGUGUCCGCCUCCUGUCUAACGCCAUCAACAGGUUAAAAGACACUGGCUAUCAGAGACUGGAUCUAAAUAAACUGGGUCCCAAUGAUAAUGAUACUGUAAGAGGACAAAUUGUAGUAAGCCUUCAAUCCAGAGAUCGCAUCGGGUCAGGAGGACCUGUGGUGGACUGCAGUCGUCUCUUUGACAAUGACUUACCUGAUGGGUGGGAAGAGAGGAGGACAACUUCAGGAAGAAUUCAGUAUCUAAACCACAUCACACGCACCACCCAGUGGGAAAGACCAACAAGACCUGCGUCGGAGUAUUCCAGCCCAUCAGGGCGCCCACUCAGCUGUGUGGUGGAUGAGAACACACCAGUGAUGACACCAAUUAAUGGGGCCGAGGCAACUAGACCAACAGGGGAGCCACGGAUCCAGGAGAAACGAGUGCGAUCGCAGCGACAUCGUAACUACAUGAGUCGGACACACCUGCACACACCACCUGAUCUUCCUGAGGGUUAUGAGCAAAGAACCACUCAGCAGGGUCAGGUUUAUUUCCUUCACACACAGACAGGAGUCAGCACCUGGCAUGACCCCCGGGUACCCAGGGACCUAAGCAAUGUGAACUGUGAAGAGCUUGGACCUCUGCCACCAGGCUGGGAAAUAAGAAACACAGCAACUGGACGUGUCUACUUCGUUGACCACAACAACAGAACAACACAAUUCACAGAUCCACGGCUGUCUGCCAACCUCCAUCUAGUUCUCAACAGCCCAAGUUCAAAUGGUUCCCGUGUGGUUACAGAAAGCCAAAACACUAACCUCAGUCAACCGACUCCGUCAAAGGAGCAGGUGGGUCCUCCAGGGAACCACCAGCAAGCCCUGUCACCAGCACAGCUACCUGAAGAGGCAGAGUGCCUGACCGUCCCCAAAUACAAGAGGGACCUGGUGCACAAGCUGAAGAUCCUGCGACAGGAACUGUCUCAUCAACAACCGCAGGCCGGUCAUUGCCGCAUUGAGGUGUGCCGUGAGGAAAUAUUUGAGGAGUCGUACCGACAAGUGAUGAAGAUGCGUCCAAAGGAUCUUUGGAAAAGACUGAUGAUCAAGUUCAGAGGAGAGGAAGGACUGGACUAUGGUGGGGUCGCAAGGGAAUGGUUGUACCUUCUGUCCCAUGAGAUGUUGAACCCCUACUACGGCCUGUUCCAGUACUCCAGAGAUGACAUCUACACUCUGCAGAUUAAUCCUGACUCUGCAGUCAACCCAGAACAUCUGUCCUACUUCCAUUUUGUGGGCCGUAUCAUGGGAAUGGCAGUUUUCCACGGCCACUACAUUGAUGGAGGCUUCACUCUGCCUUUCUACAAACAACUGCUAGGUAAACCAAUCACUCUGGAUGAUAUGGAGUCUGUUGAUCCUGAUCUGCACAACAGCCUUGUCUGGAUUCUGGACAAUGAAAUUUCUGGAGUCCUAGACCACACUUUCUGUGUUGAGCACAAUGCUUAUGGAGAGAUCAUCCAACAUGAACUCAAACCUAAUGGUAAAAGCAUUCCCGUCACGGAAGACACAAAAAAGGAGUAUGUGAGGUUGUACGUGAACUGGCGUUUCCUGCGUGGCAUCGAGGCUCAGUUUCUGGCUUUGCAGAAGGGUUUUAAUGAGGUCAUCCCCGAACACCUUCUCAAAGCCUUUGAUGAAAAGGAGCUGGAGCUGAUCGUGUGUGGACUGGGAAAGAUCGACAUCUCAGACUGGAAGUCAAACACUCGUCUGAAGCACUGCACGCCCGAGAGCAACAUCGUGAAGUGGUUUUGGAAAGCUGUGGAAUCGUUUGACGAGGAGCGGCGGGCACGAUUACUGCAGUUUGUAACGGGCUCCUCCAGAGUUCCACUCCAGGGAUUCAAAGCUUUGCAGGGAGCUGCAGGGCCUAGACUCUUCACCAUUCACCAGAUCGAUGCCAACGCCAACAACCUGCCCAAAGCUCAUACCUGCUUUAAUCGGAUUGACAUUCCUCCCUACGAGAACUACGAAAAACUCUACGACAAACUUCUAACAGCCAUUGAGGAGACCUGUGGCUUCGCCGUGGAAUGAGGGUCGCCAUGUGUAAUUGUGUGUGUGUGUGCACGUGUGAAUGUGCACAUACACACACAUUUAGCCCAGCCCAGAGCUGGAUCAGUACGUCUUCGAGCAAACAGCAGUCUUCCUACAAUCUCAUCGAUGAGCUCGCUCAUCUAUGUGAACAGCUGCUAGCAGACAAAGCCGAGUCUUUUUUUAGAUGUAGAUCAUUCGAGGAAACAAAUAUGAUAAGUUGUUUCUACAUUAGCCAAGAGCAUUUGAAGAAGUCUAAUCUUAGUCUAAUCUUUAGUUUAGUCUAACCCAACCCCGGAAGGAUCCAUAGACAUAUUGGUCAGUAACAAAAAAAAUGAACAGGCAUUUAAAUAACAGUUAGGAACCAUUUCGUCCUGCAUUUUUAACUAAUUAAAAUAACCUUUGUCAUGCUGCUGAAUCUUUAACAUUGCAGGUAGCCAUUUCUUGCCCAUUGUAGCCAUUUAACCUCAUCUAACACCGGAGCUGCACAAAUUCCUCCUACCUCAGUGUUGUCUGUCCACAGUUGAAGUACACGUCAAAAGUACUAUUAAGUUAACAUUGGUAGCUUACGUUGUUCAAAGUCCAAUUGAAAAAACUUUUGUUAUUAUGCCAGCAGUGACUUUGUGAAUUUGUAUUAAUGG